UUUCAACCAUCGUAAAGGACUGGCCAAUGGGAUGGUCUCUUCUGCCGCUUCACUGGGUAAAAUCGGUACGGCUCCUCUGGUUCGCCUUCUGUUGGACAAUUACGGGUACACCUGGUCCUGUCUCCUGGUCGGGGCGCUCUCCCUCCACACCUGCAUCGCCGGUAUGCUCUAUCAACCCCCGGAGUGGCACCUGAUACCUGAGCCACGAGACCCAGAAGAUGAUGACGUGAGGCUAGAGGAUGUGCCGGCACCCAUAACCUCCGUGGCCAUCACCGACAACGGGCUGGUGGAGCAAAACGGUAACCCUCCGGCGAGUGGUGCCCCUGCGAAGACGACGACAGACGACGAUGACGACGACAUCAUAUUCGUCAUGCCUACAACCCCCACGACUGUCAACCCCCCGGGGAAAGACGACGAGGUGAUCCUGUUUUCGCGGGUCAAAGACUUACGGGAGAAAACCAACAUCGAGGACAACAAACUACCGUUGGCUCUAAGGGACUCCAAGUGGUCACUAUCGGGGUCUAUCCCUCUGUUACCUGUUGGUGACCAAAAGUUGUUCUGCAGUGACGACGAUGAUGACCAGGACGACUGCUGCAACGACUGUCUCGUCGUCAAGGUGUUCAGGAUGCUCAACUACUCGUUACUAAAACAGCCUCACUUUCACCUGGUUGCGUGGGCCAACGCGCUGAGCCUCCUGGGUUACAUCAACACCUUGUACGCCCUCCCAGGUUACGUCUCCAGCCUGGGCUACACCCCUUACCAGAGCGCCUUCGCCAUCUCCUCCUUCAGUGCUACAGAGGCAGUGUUCCGGCUGAUAUUCGCUGGAUUAUCUGAUUACUCCUGGUUCCCCAUCGAGUUGGUUUAUACCAUCGGCUUUACCCUCUCUGCCCUCUUUUGUGGAUUAUUGCCGGUGUCCUCGUCGUAUAACUGGGUGAUGCUGUGCGUGGCUGUGAACGGGAUAUCUAACAGCGUUAGCGUCGUGCUGUUCAUCCAUAUGAUCAUCAAGUACCUUGGGGUCGACCAGUACUCCCAAGUGUUCAGCUUCGUAUUUAUGUUUAACGGAGCCGUCAUCGUUGUAGGUGGCUUUUUGCUAGGUCUGGUGAGGGACUACUUUGAGAGCUACAUCGCCACUUUCCUCUGUAUCAGUGCUCUCUAUUCCACGGCGGCGGCUAUAUGGUGGUCAAGACGAUGCUUGAAGAUUAUAAAGAACAGGUAUAAGAAAGUUCCCGUCCACACGCAGUAGGUCGAGUUAUGUCCCUACACAUCAAGGUUCCCCUCCACUUGUAGCAGAGGAAGUCCAGGUGAUAAUAAGUCCUUUAAACAUGUGCUAGAUGACCUAAAUAACGUCUUCAAGCAACUAAUAUCUCACUCGGAAGAACGAGAGAUACCCAGCCAAGUCCAACGACAAGUGUCCAUCCAGAUUGGUUAAGAAAGCCCAUAUCAUAACCUAACCUAAGCUAACCCGACCCAACCUAUACUAACCAAAACCCAACCUAUAUUAACCCAA